UCAAGCUCAACUCUGUAACUGGAAGCCAGCUCACACUGCUUAUGUUUGUUUCCUUUAAUUAGGGAUUGAUUAUUGACCCGGCACACCAGGUUUGUGCAAUUAAUUAUCAGGUAUAAUAGAAAACCAGCAGGCUCCGGACCUCGUUAGGGUAAGAGUUUAAUACUCCAUGCAUGCAAACUCCGCCCAAUUUGCCAGUCCUAUGGAAAAUAGAAGCACACUGUCACACGACAUGGAAUAAUAACUCGUUCGCUGGAGUAAAUCCUGUGUUUGUUUUAGGUUUAUCUGAACGUAAGGCACAUGUAUUCUUUUCUCAGUUAGGGAGACAACUGCUCGACAAUUCUAGUAAACGUACCUUUGGAAUUCAGUGCGAGUUUUGGGGAGGCGCGCUCCAUCAGAAUUACGCAAGGGACAACAUGAUUUUGAAACAUGUGGAAUUUCUCUUCGUUUUACAAUACUUUAUUCCUCUGAUCACUCCAGAGGUUGCAGUUGAGAAGGAGUUGAAGAACUUCCAGUGUUCCCUCUACUCCUCUAAGGCCAUGAACUGCAGCUGGCUUCCAGCCAAUCAGACUGCAGAUGAUCUCCAGCUCUACUACUGGUACCCUGGUGAAUCCCACAAAACAGCAUGCAGUGACUACAAGCCCAGACCUGGUGAGAAGAUAGGAUGUCGCCUGAGAGGGGACUUCCUUGAACAUGACGUCUACUUCCACUUCAAUGGGACUCUCAAUGGUUUGUCUGUACAGAAAACCUUCCGGGUGCGUCCUGUACAUUAUGUCAAGCCCCCGGCCCCUAGGGUUAAGAUCACAGAGGAAGGGGAGGAUCUCCUUCUGAGCUGGGACCCUCCGGACUUAGCCGCUCACCACUGCUGGGUUUACAUCUUAAACUACAGCAUGUGUCGAGAGUCUCUGAGUAAGGAAAUACAAUACAAAUAUGAUCAUGUAGCCGUGUACGUGCCGUACGACCUGAGAUGCCAAUACAGAGUCCAGGUUAAAGCAGUCUAUAAGAAGUCAUGUGGGGCAGGAGGGAGCGACUGGAGCGAUGUUGAACUUUAUGGUGUGGAGGAUCUUCAUUUUGAUUGGUUGAUUGUAUUUGCCAUCCUCAUUCCAGCUGCAUUUGGCCUAUUCAUCAUCCUGUGUCUUUGUUGUUUCAUGAAGCACAGAGAGAAGCUUUUCCCCAAAAUUCCACAGCCCUCCUUGAUUUUAAAGGACAUGCUGAACAGCAAUAAGGAACAGAAGAGCUUCAUAGGGAAUCUCUAUGUCCCUGUAGUGGAGGAGAUGGAAUGUAAUAUCAGCCUAGAGAAAGACCCUACUCUUCUCUUGAUGCAGCCUGACCCCUGAGAGGCUACACACUGACCCAGUUGUGAUUACCACAGUACAGACAGAUACAUCUGGUAUGACUUCAGUGUUAUUGACCAACACUCAGAGCAAGCCAUGUUAAGGUGGACCCCAGCUGCAUUGCUGAAGAAUUCCAGGACUUGGAGCUCCGCAGUCGAUGGACCACUUUAGAAAUUUUGACACAGACGGAGAGCGUGUGGAGUAUGGACUGUCGAGGAUAGACUCCUUUUCCUGUGUUUUUCCUGUUUUGAGGCGUUGACGCAAUGACUCAAUGACUCCUGUAUUGUUCUGAGUAACGUAUGUGUGUUGGGGGGGGGUCUGUGUCUGUUUGUUUGUUUGUUUAGGAAGAUGCUAACAACUGUUCUCAUGAACCUCUUGCAUCCCACGGCUUGGGGUCAUAGGUCAGACGUUAUCAGAAAGCCAGUGCAGGAAACGAGGAGCUGGGCUCAUAACCCUCACUCCUCGACCAAAUGGAACAUUAGUAGGCAGUGCCCAAAGAUAUGCCCAGGCAGCAUUGCAGGCUUUAUCUGACUAAUCAACCCUGUUCAUAAUGUAGUGAUUUAGGGGACACCUACAAAGGACUGGAACCAGGGAUCCUCUGUGGAACGAGUUUACUAUAUGUGCCAUAAGUCCAGACAUCUUGGCAGGCGCUUUAAAGGAAUACUACACUAAAAAACGAUUUUGUAUUAUUUUUUCCAUUAGUUCACCAUAAUAAAAUCUCCCCCCAAAAUGUGCCUGUAUCAGCAUUUUUCAAGAAAGCACAUUCAGUAGAGCAAAAACUUUCCUUGAUGCAAAAACCAACAACACUAGAUAUUUUUUGGGAGUAUUCCUUUAAUGAAUUUGAUUACAGGGAGACUACAAUAACAUGAUCUCGUAGUGAGAGGUGCUAGACAAUACAUAUCGAAGGCAAGAGGCUAUAUGCCAAAGUGAGCUAGCUUGUCAACCUACUGCAGUUUAUCUACCACAUCUCUUGCUAUUAAAGAGAUAGCUUCUGUGUACAUAAAGCUAUGUGUAGAAUAGGUGGUACAGAUUGUGUGUGUAUAUUGUAAAAUGUGCAGUAUAAUGUAGUGGGGGCUGCUGUGGGGAGGACGGCUCAUAAUAAUGGCAUGAAACACAUGGAAACCAUUUUUAUGUAUGUUAUACUAUUCCGCUCCAGCCAUUACCACGAGCCCGUCCUCCCCAAUUAAGGUGCAAACAACGUCCUGUGGUAUAAUGUAUAUUUUGUGUUUUGCAUGUCAAGGAAAUAUUUUGUGCAAAGCUUCUUUUUUUAAAAUAAAUUGUACAUGUUCUAUGUUUCCAGGUG